AACACAGAACAUCCUUCAAACAUGAAUCUUUAAGUUCCGGGUUACUGACCUCUCCUACCGGGCGACAAGAAAUGCAGUUAGCGUUGUAAUUGAAGUAAAAGUUGUAUUUUGUUUGGUGUGGAUCACGUUCUGUGUUUGUAAACGACCAUAUCUGUGUUAGAUAUUGGUGCAAACAUUGAACAGUGUUGUCGGUUGUGAGCCGUUUACUCGUAAACAUGGCUCCAACGAUUCAGACACAAGCUCAACGUGAAGACGGCCACAGUCGGCAGUCCUCGCACAGAACUGUUCCAGAAAGGUCAGGAGUGGUCUGCAGGGUCAAGUACUGCAACAGCCUGCCUGACAUCCCUUUUGACCCCAAAUUCAUCACAUAUCCAUUUGAUCAGCACAGGUUUGUACAGUAUAAAGCAACUUCUCUUGAGAAGCAGCACAAGCAUGAGCUCCUGACUGAGCCAGACCUCGGGGUCACCAUAGACCUCAUCAACCCAGACACCUACCGCAUAGACCCAAAUAUUCUGUUGGAUCCUGCUGAUGAGAAACUGUUGGAAGAGGACAUCCAGGCUCCGUCCAGUUCAAAGAGGUCACAGCAGCACGCCAAAGUGGUCCCGUGGAUGAGAAAGACAGAAUACAUUUCCACAGAGUUUAACAGAUAUGGAGUUUCCAACGAGAAAGUGGAAGUCAAGAUUGGUGUAUCUGUCAAACAGCAGUUCACAGAAGAAGAAAUCUACAAGGACAGAGACAGCCAGAUUUCUGCUAUCGAGAAGACGUUUGAGGAUGCACAGAAACCGAUUACACAGCACUACAGUAAACCCAGAGUUACUCCUGUCGAGGUGCUGCCUGCGUUCCCUGACUUCAAGAUGUGGAUCAACCCAUGUGCUCAGGUCAUCUUUGACUCUGAUCCUGCACCCAAAGACAUAUCAGGACCAGCAGGAGUGGAAAUGAUGUCUCAGGCCAUGAUCAGAGGUAUGAUGGAUGAGGAAGGAAACCAGUUUGUGGCCUACUUCUUGCCCAAUGAAGAAACCAUUCGCAAGCGCAAGAGAGACUGCGACGAAGGGAUGGAUUAUAUGCCUGAGGAUCUCUAUGAAUACAAGAUUGCCAGGGAGUACAACUGGAACGUCAAGAACAAAGCCAGCAAGGGCUACGAAGAGAACUACUUCUUCAUCUUCAGAGAUGGAGAUGGUGUAUACUACAAUGAGCUUGAGACAAGAGUGCGUCUGAGCAAGAGGAGAGCUAAGGCUGGAGCACAGUCCACCACCAACGCUAUGCUGGUGUGUAAGCACAGAGAUAUGAACGAGAAGGAAUUGGAAGCCCAGGACGCCCGUAAAGCACAGCUGGAGAACCAUGAGCCUGAAGAUGAAGAGGAAGACCUGGAUCUGGAUAAGGACCUGCAGGACUCUGGCGACGAUAAAGACAAAGGCAGCGGCAGCGAGGCUGAGAACUCCGGCGAUAGUGAAUCCGAGAGAGAAGAUGAAGAAGAGCCAGAACAAAGGGGAGAUGAGGACGAAGAGGAAGAGGACAGAAGCAAGCGGAGGAGAAAGGAGAGCAACAGUGGAAGCGAGAGCGGCGGGGAGAGAACCAGAGAGAUGCGAGACGAGGAGGAGAUCUUUGGAAGCGACGACGACAGCGAGGAUAACGAUGACAACGAGGACAACGAGCCCAAGAACUCAGCGAGGAGCAGCGCGGGGGAAGGCAGCGGGAGCGAGGAUGAGGGAGGCAACAGAGGAGGCAGCAGGAGUCGCAGCGUGUCUCCGGCACGUAGUGAUCGCAGCAGUGACCACUCAGAGAGGAAUCAGAGUGGGAGUGGAAGUGACAGAGGUUCAGAUUCCAGUGAUGCCAGUGACAGUGAAUAAGGUCUGUGAUGUGGAUCAGGUGAUAGCCACUUAUGCUAUCUGCAUGUAUGUCUCCAAACAUGCUUUACUACACCUCUCACUGACCCUGAUAUUAGCUCAGCCUGGGGCUGUAGUCUUAAUGAUCACAAAUGAAAUCAGAUACAAUACACGUGUGUUGCUCAUUAGAACCGGCGACACCUCCCUUCAGUCCAUUUGUAGAUUCCACUUGCGCACUAGUAGCUGUGUGUGCACCAUUUUUGUGUUUUUUGGUGAUCAUAUAUUCAGUACAGGAUCAUGUAAAAAUGUCUGUUCUCCUGGUUUUUGACUCGUCAAUGUGAUACAGCUUUGACCUUAUAAUAAAAAAGGUGACAUUUUCUAUGAAACUCAA